AUGAGUAAUCAACCAACCAACAAUCAACAACAACAACAACCAUCAGAUGUUGACACUAGUUCUCAAGAUAUGUCACAUUUCGUUCAAACACUUUUAGAGCAAAUGCAAUCUAGAUUUGAAACAAUGUCAGAAUCUAUUUUAAAGAGAAUUGAUGAAAUGGGAAGUAGAAUCGAUGAUUUAGACAAGUCAAUCAGUGAUUUAAUGCAAAAUGCUAAUUUACAACCACAACAACAACAAUCUAAUAAUGCAAAUAAUAAUACCGCCGCCGCUGCUGGUAACAAUAGCAAUAACAAUGGAUCGAAAUAA